UCCCCCUUCACUGUCAUUUCCGGACGCGGCGAAACAGAAGGAAAAAAAAUAUUGCACAGCCAAUGGAAUGGAUUAAUAAAUGACAGUAGCUAGCUAGCAACUCGAAAGUAAUAAUUUAAACCACAAAACAUAUGUGAUUAUCAAAACGGGUAUCCUGGACGCUUGGUUUUUUAAGUCUCGCUAUAUAUUUGCAUCAGUCCAUAAAUGACGGUCCUAUCUGAGGAGAUGGUGUUUCCAGGUCUGAAUAGCUAAACUAGUUAGCUGGCUACCCAAUGCUAGCUAGUUAGCGGAUACAUUUCUGCUAACUAACAUUAGAUUGCCAGCCUUGAUUUGGUAUCUGUGGUUAAUCCGAAAAUUAUAUUUGUGUCUCAUCAUUUUUAGCAGUGCCGGUGUGUUUACUUAUUUCGUUGCAGUUUGAACGUGUUUUAAACGCACGACUUAACGUUAACGCUUUGAGUCCUUCGCUUGUAGGCUAGCUAGGUAGCUAUUAGAAGGUCAACAUUGUUGAACCCUGCUAGCUACAGCUGACUACAGUGGGUGGGAUAGACACUUAUCAGCAAACCGUCAGCUGCAGUUAUGUGUAAUGAGAUAUAAACAGAGUGGGUGUUUUCUGCUAUCCAGAUCCAGACAGUUGUUCAUUAGUUAGUCAUUAGCUAGCUAACUGGGAAAGUAGCUAUAACAUUACCUGCUGGCUAAAGUUACUCAAUUCUCUCCAACCAUGAUCAAGUUGAUGCGCACGAAAAUACCUGAAUAACAACAGCCAAUACUUGGAAAUAUGGAUUCCACGUGGACUUCAGCCAUACUUCAAAAUCCUCCGAUUCUACUUUCAAAAUUACAUUUUCAAACUACUGUCUUGGCUACAUUUUGAUUUUUGCUGACAGGACAACUUUCCCUGUUUUGUUUUGGAGAGUAUUGUUUUGACUUGGGAUCUCUGGUAGAUUUUUGCAUGGUAGUUAGUUUCUUUCUCAACAGAGUGGACAAUGAAUGGCCUAUCUGUCAGUGAGCUAUGCUGCCUGUUCUGCUGCCCCCCCUUUCCGAGCCGUAUUGCUGCCAAGCUUGCCUUCCUGCCUCCUGAGCCUACAUAUUCCCUCCUCCCAGACCUAGAGGGGUCUGUAGCCCCGGGGACAGCAGGGACCGCAGGGCUGAGAUCCAGAGCUAGUGGGGUACCUGGAGCUGCUGUAGGGGGUUCAGUCAGCACUGGUCCUGCAGAAGGAAAAUGGAAGCUCCACCUGACAGAGCGAGCCGAGUUCCAGUAUUCCCAGAGAGAACUGGAUGCUACAGAUGUGUUCCUUACCCGCUCCAGUCGUGGAAACAGAGUGGGAUGCAUGUACAUCCGCUGUGCCCCCACUGCCAGGUUCACAGUGCUGUUCUCUCACGGCAAUGCAGUGGACCUUGGCCAGAUGAGCAGCUUCUAUAUCGGCCUGGGAACGCGUAUCAACUGCAAUAUCUUCUCCUACGACUACUCCGGCUACGGUGUCAGCACGGGCAAGCCUUCAGAGAAGAACCUCUACGCUGACAUUGACGCCGCCUGGCAGGCCCUGCGCACACGAUAUGGCAUCAGCCCAGAGAACAUAAUCCUGUACGGGCAGAGCAUUGGCACCGUGCCCACGGUCGACCUGGCAUCUCGGUAUGAGUGUGCUGCCGUGGUGCUCCACUCCCCCCUCACCUCUGGCAUGCGGGUGGCCUUCCCAGACACCAAGAAGACCUACUGCUUUGAUGCUUUCCCCAACAUUGAGAAGGUGUCUAAGAUCACGUCGCCGGUGCUGAUCAUCCACGGGACGGAGGACGAGGUGAUCGACUUCUCCCACGGUCUGGCUCUGUUCGAGCGCUGUCCAAAGGCCGUGGAACCACUCUGGGUGGAGGGGGCGGGACACAAUGACAUCGAACUGUACAGCCAGUACCUGGAGCGCCUGCGCCGCUUCAUUGGCCAGGAGCUGGCCGCACAGCACGCCUGAUACCACCUGAGCCCCCAGUCCUCCUCUGGCUCCGUGCUGUUCCCCUGGUCGGAGUGGGUCAAGCCUGGCCUCUCAGAAUGAAUAAUCAUUCACCUUUUGGUCAACUUUGUCUGGAUGCUCUCAGCCCUGUCUUUUUGUUGUUUUCCAUCUUUUCUGUCUCUGUCAUUAAUACUGGUCAGGGAUUCUCUAGUCCACCUCCCGCCCCGGGGACAGUGCAAGAAUGCAACCCAGAGACAUGGAGGGCUCUCUACUGGUCUGUCUAAAGCCCCUCUCUCUUACCCCAGCCUAACACAACCUCAGAUAGGUCAGGUGUUCCAAACAUGUACUGUUUAACCUCUUCUGAGACAUUUACACAUGAUUCAACUUUAACUAACAACCCUAACAUGGACAAAUAAUUGUGUGAUGAAUAUUUGUCAUUUUAUCUUUUAUAACACAUGACACUGAGCCACUACUUUACAAAUCAUGUGGUAUUGACAGAUUAGUAUAACUGUCCUGUUUGAAAGCAGGUUUUUUGCUCAUGUUUUGUGUGGAAUCUUCUUAGCUCUCUCUCGUUUACAAUUAAGAUGUCAGAUUAAUAGUCUAUGAAUCAUUUGUUUCAUAGACAUAUAAAUCAGACAUUUUUAUCAUUAUUAAGCAUAGAUUCAUUUGAAUCCAUAAAGUGAUUAGAGCAAAAAGUUGCUGGAUUUUUGCUUUGGCUGAAGUUCAGCCAAAUUAAUUGUUUCAAAAGCAUUCUUAAGUCUCUUGCAUAUCUCUAAGGCACUAUUGAUUUCUAGCUUGGCAACCACUCUUAUGUUUCUAGCUUGGCAACCACUCUUAUGUUUCUAGCAUGGCAACCGCUCUUAUGUUUCACGCACUGAACUAAAUUCACCUCUUACUGGGUUUCUGUCUGAAAUGGUAGUUCCACAUCCAGCUUCAGAUGUUUUCAAAGGCUUUUUUGUUAGUGAUUUACAGAGUUGUACAAACAAUUUCACUUUAGGUAUUUCUAAAUCAGUGAGUUUAUUUCAUACCUCCAAAAACACUAAAUCAUUGUGAAUCACUAAGCUUUUGCCAGUAAUGGCCAUUCACAUAGUAAAUUGGGUCGGGUCAGUUGAGACUAAGCUGGAUGGAGUAUUAACUGAACUUGCUGCUAAAGAUUAGGAUAAAAUGGAUUGAAAAGGGUCACACUCUCCACAUCCAUUAAUGCAGCUUAGUUUGAUGGGAAAUUGAACAGUCAUACAUGUUUCAAUAAUGUUUUUUACGCUGUACAGUAGAGUGGAGCCAAUACACGCUGCUGGUCCCAUAUGACAUUUGAAAACACUUAUUCAGCCAUGUCAUGUUACAUGUGUGAUUAGUUUCUUGUUUACUUCAUUUUAGGGUAAAUAACACUUCAUUAUAACAUUAGUAGAGCUAUGGAAUAGGAUGUGCUCUAUUUUGUUAUUGACCACGUUUAUUUUGAGCAGGCUCCCUUUUCAGCUCCAACUAGCCCUUUUCACUCACUUCAUCCUGUUGCCACACUAUUUCAGACAGACUUGGGAUUCCACCAUUUCUGUCCGUCUGUGUGUGAAAGUUGACUUGGACGAAUGCCCAACUUCUCUGGCAUAUGGGGUCCACCACCACAAGAUAGUGGAGAUCCUUGGGUUGGGUUUUGGGGGAGUCAGGAUAACAUGUUCAUAGAAACCAAAGUUUAACAGGAAAUGUUCUGUCUUGAACAAAGCGGGCCUGCUUUUCUAAUGGUAUGUUCAUCAGAACCAAAGAGAAAGUCCAUCACAUCACCCAUAGUACAUGGGUUUCUUAUCAGCCACUGCAUACAGUUAGGGAACAAAAGUGAGUGUUUACUCCCUAUGAUGGACUAUUGUAUCGAGAAUACAAGCAAUACAACUGAUUUCUGUGUCUGGGUGGUCUGAGAGAGGAGCAUGUGUCUGGGAGGUAGGGUUGCAAAAUUCUGGGAACAUAGAAGAAAUUCACUUGUUUUCCCGAAAUCCCAGUUGGAGGGUUCCCCGGACGCAGGAGGGAGUAAGCAGGACUCAAGUCAUCCAUCCAGGACUCAUGGAAAACAAGGGAAUUUAUUGAAAGUUCACAGAAUUUUGCAACCCUAGUGGGAGGUGACGGACUGACUGUACUUCGAGUGUGAGACGAGUUCCAGACCCACAUUCAGAGCUUUUGUUUGAAGAAACUAAGUUAUGGAAAUCCAUUUUUGUAAUCAAACGUAAUGUGGCUUCAAAUGUAUUCAGAUCCCUUGACUUUUUCUACAUUUUGUUAGGUUACAGCCUUAUUCUAAAGUUGAUGAAAUUGUUUUUUUUUUCCCUCAUCAAGCUACACAUAAUACCCCAUAAUGACAAAGCAAAAACAGGUUUAAACAUUUUUGCUAUUUUAUUUUAAAAAAUCAAACGUAAAUAUAACAUUUACAAAAGUAUUCAGACCAUUUACUCAGUACUUUGUUGAAGCACCUUUGGCAGAGAUUACAACCUCGAGUCGUCUUGGGUAUGACGCUACAAGCUCGGCACACCUAUAUUUGGGGAGUUUCUACCAUUCUUCUCUGCAGGUUCUCUCAAGCUCUGUCAGGUUGGAUGUGGUGCGUUGCUGCACAGCUAUUUUCAGGUCUCUCCAGAGAUGUUUGAUCGGGUUCAAGUCCGGGCUCUGGCUGGUCCACUCAAGGACAUUCAGAGACUUGUCCCGAAGCCACUCCUGCAUUGUCUUGGCUGUGUGCUUCGGGUCGUGGUCCUGUUGGAAGGUGAACCUUCACCCCAGUCUGAGGUCCUGAGUGCUCUGGAGCAGGUUUUCAUCAAGGAUCUCUGUACUUUGCUCUGUUCAUCUUUGCCUCGAUCUUGACUAGUCUCCCAGUCCCUGCCUCUGAAAAACAUCCACACAGCAAGAUGCUUCCACCACCACGCUUCCCUGCAGGGAUGGUGACUGGUUUCUUCUAGAUGUGACACUUGGCAUUCAGGCCAAAAUGUUCAAUCUUGGUUUCAUCAGACCAGAGAAUCUUGUUUCUCAUGAUCUGAGUCUUUAGAUGGCUCAUGGCAAACUCCAAGCUGCCAUGUGCCUUUUACUGAGGAGUGGCUUCCGUCUUGCCACUCAACCAUAAAGGCCUGAUUGGUGGAGUGCUGCAGAGAUGGUUGUCCUUCUGGAAGGUUCUCAUCUCCACAGAGGAACUCUACAGCUCUGUUAGUGGGACCAUCGGGUUCUUGGUCACCUCCCUGACUCCUUCUCCCCCGAUUGCUUAGUUUGGCCGGGCGGCCAGCUCUAGGAAGAGUCUUGGUGGUUCCAAACUUCUUCCAUGUAAGAAUGAUGGAGGCCACUGUGUUCUUGGGGAUCUUCAAUGCUGCAUAAAUGUUUUGGUACCCUUCUCCAGAUCUGUGCCUUGAUAUACAAUCCUGUCUUGGAGCUCUACGGACAAUUCCUUCGACCUCAUGGCUUGGUUUAUGCGCUGACAUGCACUGUCAACUGUGGGACAUUUAUAUAGAAAGGUGUGUGCCUUUCCAAAUCAUGUCCAAUCAAUUGAAUUUACCACAGGUGGACUCCAAUCAAGUUGUAGAAACAUCUGAAGGAUGAUCAAUAGAAACAGGAUGCACCGGAGCUCAAUUUCGAGUCUCAUAGCAAAGGGUCUGAAUACUUAUUUUGCAUAAGGUAUCUGGUUUUUAUUUGUAAUACAUUUACACACUUUUAGAAAACCCUGUUUUUGCUUUCUCAUUAUGGUGUAUUGUGUUUAGAUUGCUGAGGAUUUAUAUCUAUUUAAUCCAUUUUAGAACAAGGCUGUAACAUAACAAAAUGUGGAAAAAGUCAAUGGGUCUGAAUAUUUUCCGAAGCCACUGUAUGUGCUAUCUCUGGAUAAUUUUUUGGGGUGAGUAUUUGGAUCCAAGGUGAUGAUGGGUUGGUGUGUUAUUCUAUCCAGUUAUGCAUUGUUUAUUAUUUACAACCGUGUUAUGUUACAUUAUAGAAAUGUUUUAUCUUUACUCCAAAAAUAAAAACAAACAUCAUGAAUUGAUAAAAUAAA